CAAGGAGGAGGCGAAAUGAGUCCAAGGCAGGGAGGAGGUUUGGAUACAGGAGGCAAGCUGGGCAGAGAGGGAACAGAGAGGGAUGCAAGUGUGAUGAGGGAUGUGGAUUUAUCAGUUGAUGCUCCGCCUACUUAUUUCCCAGUAUCCUCUCACCUGCCGCCUUUCCUCAUCAACUUUCAUUAUGUCAGUGUGCUGGAUGGUGUUCCGACUUUGACAUGAAUGCACCUGAAGGAACAAUUCUUCCCUCUCAGUUGAUCAGCACAAAGGCUGCAGACGGAGCUUCAUAACACCCUCUGUUCCUCUCUCCUCUCAUAUCUUCUUCGUCUCUUCAAAUGAAUGCAGUGUGUACUCAGUGGGAAAACUGCAGACCUCUCUCAGUGCAGGACAGAUGAAGUGGAAGACUUGACCGGCGGCUGGGUGGUACAUUUGAAGGCUUCCCAUGACUGAGUCUCCACCUCCCCCCCAUCAUGAAUGUGACCCCCGGCAGCUGCUCGGCAGAGGUGCCGUAUGCAUUCCAGCCCCAUCUGAAAGACCUCUACAUCGCCACUGAGCUCAUCAUCGCAGUGCUCGCCAUCAUCGGAAACUUCCUGGUGUGUCUGGCUGUCAGCUGGAACAAGAAACUUCACACGGUCACCAACUACUUCCUGGUAUCGUUGGCAGUGGCAGACACUCUGGUGGGUUUGGUUGCGAUCCCUUGUGCGUUGCUCACAGACCUGGGUCAGCCUCACCACAACCUGCCGCUCUGCCUUGUGAUGCUCAGUAGCCUGAUGGUGCUCACACAGAGCUCCAUCCUGAGUCUGUUAGCAGUAGCAGCGGAGCGUUACUUGGCCAUCCUCCUGCCCUUCCAGUACCAGCGCAUCAUGAGCCCGAGGAACGCCCAGCUGGCCCUGCUGCUCACCUGGGGCCUGGGGGCCAUUUCCGGCUCUGUGCCGCUUAUGGACUGGAGAAGACAACAAGCAGGCUCUGGCUACUGUAUCUUCACCUGUGUGGUGAACAUGAGCUACAUGGUCUACUUCAACUUCUUCUGCUGCCUCCUGGUGCCGCUGCUGGCCAUGUUCAUCAUCUACGGCCACAUCUUCCUCACCAUCCGCCGCCAGCUCAAACGCAUCGCUGUAGCCAGGGGGUCUUCAGAGAACACUACAACUGCCGGCAGUGGGAGCACCAGGACCGAGGACAGUGGAAGUUCUGCUGCUUGGGGACAUGACGCAGGGACAGGGAAAAAAUUCAGCAGACAAGCUGAGGAAAAGGCGGGAAAAUGCAAGGCUGGAGUGAAGGCUGUGGAGGAAACACAAUCCAGCGUUGGGUCUCUUAUUGACACUGAGACGACCGCUGUGUUCACAAAUCCAGGACUCAAAUCGGCCUCAGCUGGAUCCAGCAGCUCCGGCUGUAGUACGGCUGACCCACAGCCAGGCGAGCCAAACGAGGCCAGAUCCAGCCUCCGCUCCCGUCAGGAGAUGCGCAAAGCCACCUCCCUCUUCCUGGUCCUGUUUCUCUUCAUGGUGUGCUGGAUGCCCAUCCACAUCAUAAACUGCGUGCUGCUGCUGUGCCCACAGCGCCAAGUGCCCAUGUCGCUCACGCUAGCGGCCGUUCUGCUCUCCCACGCCAAUUCCGCACUCAAUCCCAUCCUGUAUGCGUACAGGAUGAGGUCAUUCAGACACACUCUGAUAAAGAUGUGGAGAAGAUUGAGGAACUUUAGGCUGAAGCGCCAGUGAAGGUGCAGUGACUCCUAAGGAUGUAAAUAUGGGUUUUUGUACAAAUAUUAUCCAUUAAAAACAAUUCUUAUUUUAGUUUUUUUACUUACAUAAAUACUGCUUACAUCACACAUAAGCAAUAUAAGUGCCCUGUGUGGUUGCUCUUUCUAUGUCAUAGUUCAAUAAACAACCUUCUGCAUGGAUCUUAAAUUAUAUAGACUGCACUAGAUUGUGGCAAAAAAUGCAUUUGUGAAUUUACUGUACCGUACCCAUCUGCAAAAGAAUAAACACAACACACAGCGAGUCAAAUCAACAUAACUGCGUGCUUUAUUGAUAUACAGUAAAGCAUUUUAUAAUACAGUAG